UUGACUCAGCGAGCGAGCGCGAUAGCAGGCCAGACGGAACAGCACCGCGCCGCCUCACGGUUUCAAGAAAUCUCGUAACCGGACAAACAAAUAUGUACUCCGCGUAUAUAUGCGUUCCCAGCCUAAAGUACUUUACCCGUGACGUCGGUGUGCGAUCUUUGGCUUGAUAUCGUUUUUCCCUUAAUAUAGCCGCAUUUUUGUUAACCAUCCAACAGUAUUGCCUGAGCCCGCCGAGAGCUAAGUACUCUGCCAUUCAGUACUUAGAGUUAUAAUCCAAUUGUUACCGUUGGCAACUGCAUUUACGAGCCCAAAGCAAACGACUUGUCAACAUUUCGCCGGAUAUAAUUUACAAUUACACAUACCCGCUAAAAAUAAACCCUGCAAGGCGUGUCAGCGGGCCGAAAACCAAAGCGCAUUUCAUCCAAUACAGGAGACAGAGAUUCCGAACACAGAACGACAUAAAAUGCCUGAUGUAAAGUUUUUAGCGGUGCUGCCCAACAAUGCCAACGCAUCGGACCGCGUAACAAAGUUGACCAUCAGCGGCACCCUGCUCCAGCAACCUCAGCAAUUCUCGGUGAACUUUGUGAACAGUCCAGUCUGUACAGACAACAUCACAUAUCACUUUAAGGUGGUGAUCCCCACACAGACUAUCAUCGAAAACUACAAGCGGAACGGCGAGUGGAGCAGCCUGCAGCAGGAGCACUACCUAAACAUAUUCGAUGGUACAGGCGAUAGUGAUAAGACCCUGACCCAAAGCUUUGCCAGUAUUAUGAACGAGAUUGAUGCGGCGUUCCAACUUUCAUCCACAGAAUCAACCUUUCGCCUAGAGUUUACAUUCGAUUAUGAUAAUUCCACAAUGAUCGUCUACCAGGUCAGGGACACGGGUCACAAUUUCAUAAGCAAAUACGAGACGCUCUUCUCGCUCUCCGAAAUCCAAGCGAUUCAGGUCUGGGGAGAUGUGCAAAAGGUCAAUCAGUUUGCCCUCAGCUAUGAUUGAUACAGGGAUAGAUCAGACCCCCAAGUCGAACGAAUCUUACCAAAAAUAUUCACGUAAACAUUGGGGCCAGCCCCAGCCUGCCAUCUGCUUUAUAGCGCACCUACAAAAAUCGAAGGCUCCAUCCAGUGUGCAAUACCAAAUGAAAUACACAUAAUACAAAUACCGUUUUUAUCCAUAAAU